AUAUUUAGGGAGACGGGAGGAGGAAAUAGACAUCAGAUGAGUACCCGGCUCUUCCUGCAUCGCAGCUUCAUCCCACGACGCUUCUUCACUCGUUGCAGGAGCCAGAGAAGAAUGGAAAGCCAUGAGGUUCAGGUGGUGGUGGGCGACCCUCACCUCUUGGGUACCAAAAUUGCGGCCAUUCGGAAUGCGGGUCCUUCCAAACUCCAGGUUAUAGCAGAUUUUGAUGCCACUCUGACAAAGUACAGGGUCAAUGGUUGUCGGGGACAAAGCAGCCAUGGUCUUUUGCAACAGGAGAAUCCUGAAUAUAACAACAAGAGGCGUCAGUUGUACGAGUACUAUCAUCCUUUAGAGUUUUCCCCAACCAUUCCAAAUGAACAAAAAACUUUGCUUAUGGAAGAAUGCCACAUGACUACUGAUUACCUGACCCGCAGGUGGGGAAAAUCUCAUGCUCUUUUGAUUGAGGGAGGUGUUACGUAUGAGGGAAUUAGGCAAUCUGUUGCUGAUUCCACAAUUGCCUUUAGGGAGGGUGUCGUUGAACUAUUUGAGUUCUUAGAGAAAAGAGACAUUCCUGUUCUUAUAUUUUCUGCUGGACUUGCAGAUAUUAUAGAGGAGGUCCUGAGGCAGAAAGUUCACAGAUUGUUCAAAAAUGUGAAGAUCGUCUCCAAUAGGAUGGUAUUUGAUGAUAAUGGCCACCUUAUAUCUUUUAAAGGGAAGACAAUUCAUAGUUUGAAUAAAAAUGAGCAUGCUCUUGAUAUGGCUGUUCCACUUCAUGACCAAUUAGGUGAUUUAGAUGAGCCAACUUAUGAGAAUGUGUCAGUCAAGACGAGAAGAAAUGUUAUUCUUCUGGGUGAUCAUAUUGGCGACUUGGGAAUGUCUGAUGGUUUGAAGUAUGAGAAUAGAAUUUCUGUGGGAUUUCUGAAUGACAAUGUUGAGAAUUCUAUUGAUAGCUACCGCAAAGCCUUUGAUGUAGUUUACCUGAAUGAUGCACCCAUGUGGGGAGUAGUAGAGCUUGUAUCACAACUUGGUGAGAAUUCACAAUAGGCGGCACAGAAAUCAAUUCAAUUAUGAUUGAAUUCAUUUAUUCAUUGAUUUUACAAAGUAUGUUUAGUCUUGAAUCUCAUACUUUCAAGCUCUGCUUUGGGAGCUAUUGGGUACUGUCCCAUUUUUUGUUUUUGUUUUUUGUUUUUUGUUUUUAAUUAUCUGGUAAUCAACAAUUUAAGGGCAAUUAAGUUCCCUGGGAAUUUGUUAGAGGAUAUAUCCAU